AGGAGUUAUAAAAUUAUUUGUCUUCUUAUCUACAAAUUGAAAGCCAUUUUCAUUAAGAAAUAAAACUUUUAACAAUGAAUUUCAUUGAGAGAGACACGCAUUUCAGGGCUGAGGCGAAGAGUUUUUGCGAUGUUUGCGGUGACAAAGCCCGCGGCUGUAACUUCGAUGCCAUCACUUGUGCCUCUUGUAAGGAGUUCUUCAGACGAAAUGCUUUCAAACAAAAGGGUCUGAAGUGUUACUUCCAAAACAACUGUACCAUUGAUGUGGUGUCGCGAAGAUUCUGCGCCUCGUGUCGGCUGCGGAAGUGUUUCGGCGCCGGAAUGAAGAAGGAAUACAUCAUGAAUGACGAACAAAGACACGCCAGGAAAGUGAAGAUUAUCGAGAAGAAGAGAUCCAAACAUUCACCGACGGAUAACUCGCCUUUUGAUAGACACAUCUCUAAACACUUCGACGAUAUGGCCAGAGAUGACGAAGACGUCUAUCCAUUGGAGGAUCAAAUGGACCAUCAGGUGACUCAAUGUGACGACAGUCCGUCUCCGACAUCGUCUCCGUAUUCUCCUUCCAUCGCAACUAAAGGCCCAAAGAGUCCGGACCUUCCGAUCGGAGCGAUAGUCAGUUCUGAUGUCUAUGGCAUCGAAGAAAAGCCUAAACUAGCCUUCAAUUACACUAAGGAAGAGAUGUUUGCAAAAUAUGACAAAUCAGACGACAGAAAUCCUGACCAGAAUAUAAAGUCUUCGGCAACAGAUGUGGAAUCGAUAACAAAACUAAUGAGUAAAGUAAAGGUCAUCAGAGAAAGCAGUUAUUAUCCGACAAAAUACGCCCUUUUAUGCAGAGCUGGAAAUACUAAACAACAGUUAAGUCCGAAAGAGAAGCACAAACUGAAACACUUGACGUCAAACAUACAGAUAAUGCAAGCGGAGACCAUCCAUGAGCUGCCCUGUAGUGGACGGUUCAUCGAUGUCCUCAAAAUUACUGAAAUCAUAACAUUUAUGUUAAUUAAAAUGUGCAAAAAGUUAACCGCGUUUCAGAAUCUGAGUCAAUCGGAUCAGAUCGCACUCGUGAAGGGCGGGUGUAUGGAAACACUCAUCUUGAGGUCCAUUAUGACCAUCAAUCUGGAGAAGGAGUGCUGGGAAUGUUUGGAUUUGGAGAGAAGCUGCAAAUUCUCGCUAAAAAUGGAAGUUUUAAAACAAGUGAACCAAAAGGUAUACGAAGCGCACCGGAGGUAUGCCCUGUCCUUUGAGCCCGAGUGGAGAUUCGAUGAUAACGUCAUGUCCUGUUUGAUCGCUAUCUGCAUCUUCUCGCCCGACAGACCUAACUUGGAAGCCGUCGACGACAUCAGAGUUGAACAACAGGGUUAUAUAAGUCUACUCAAGAGAUACCUACAAACCAUAUACGACGAGACUUUGGGUGAAAGUAUAUUUUACAAAUUGAUGGAUCAGUUGAAGUUCACGGCCACCACUAGUGAAGUGCAUAUUAAGGCCUAUUUCGAUGUGAGCACGAGUCAGAUCGAAGAGACCGGAAUCGGGAGUCUAAUGAUGGAAAUAUUUGAGCUCAACUCGAGAACUGCCGCCGACAGCAAAGACAACAACUGAUCCCAUAGUAGUUAUCGCAAGAGAUAACAAAGAGAUAACAGAAACCCUUGUAAUCACCGCAUAAGCGAUGCAAAAAACUUAAUGUUUUCCCAUCAGAUCCGAUAUAUGACAACAAUUUUGAAUUAAAAUUCAUAAAUAACUUAUAAACCAAUUUGUUUAUAAGGGGUGGAGAGUGAGGCCGACCAUCGGUUUAGUUAAU